AUGGAGAUUAGAGUAGGUCGCAGGCAGCUGCUGGGGGCCUCUAUUGGCAUUCUAAUCAUUUUCAUCUACUCCGCUGCUCUUCAGCUUCAUUGGAGGGACCACCACAUUUCGACAGUGGCUGGUGUUGACACUGACUCAACGGCACAGGACAGAUUCUUGGGGUAUUCUUUCAGCACUGACCCCCGUGUACGACCACAAUUGAAGAGCGGGCCAUUACUGAAGGAGAUUGAGGCUAUACUGUUGAAAGUGGACCCAGAGUUUCAGGAGCACUGUAGAAGCAUUUUUACAGGAAAGCCAAAGUCCUUCUCGCAAAUCUAUCAAGACUGGUUCCUGUACCAUAAUUUUUUCUUGCACAUUCCUUUUGGUGAAGGAUUCUACAUCGACAUUGGUGCGAAUGAUGCGUUCGCCCAUUCAAACACGCUUUUCUUCGACAAGUGCUUGGGGCAACUAGACGCCGUUCUGAGAGAGCACGGCGUCUCAAGGAUAGACUUUAUCUCAUUGGAUGUCGAGGGGGCUGAGCUUCAUGCAGUGAGGUGUUUUCCAUUUGAUGAGUGGAACGUGCAAGCAUGGGUUGUGGAGACGGCCAGACAUGAUCGAUUCAUUGACUACAUUUUCCUUCGAGCACAGUAUUCCAAAGUUGCAGAACUUCUUUAUCGCAACCACUUCUUCCGACACGCGGGCCGGAUGGUUGACUCGGUGUACGUCCGCAAUGCUCAGAUCAUGAAGUAUCCUUCAUUGGAUGGUCCUCGAUCUUUCAAAAAGUGGCGUAGGGAGUUGGAUCAGGAUUGUUCUGAUGAGGAUCGCAAGUGGAACAAUUGUGAUUCCACAACUGGCUUGCCUAUCUUUGAACUUCGGGAAAUAGAUGAAACAAAUGGAGAACCAAAACAAUGGUGCCAAGCUCAAUAAUGACGCUUUUCUUCUUCCAAAUCAAUGAGCGAAAGUCCCAAGGCUGAUCUAUAUAAGACUUGCACUUGAAGGUAGUGACCGGAGUAGAUUGAGGGCCGGGGGAGCCUAUACGCACAUGAAGAACUAUCCAAGUAGACACAAAGACUAGAGAGCAGCAUAAGCUGAACUCGAGUGUAAAGAAAUCCAGCCUUCGUGCUAACACGUGAUUCUUCUCGAAACGACGGUUCC